AUAUUCAGACUGUAUAUAUCACUCGAUCCCCAGAGAGACCAUUUUAGCUAACCUCCUCUCCUAUCAUAAGAGACGUUAUGCUGUAACUCUGCGGAUUGAAUUUGUUAUCUAGUUUAAUUUCGGCACUAAAUUGAAAUUCGAGGAGCAUGGCUGCGGCGCUGUCGCUUGCACACUACACUUUCUUCUCCUUUAGAACCUCAUCUCUACUUCUCCGUGGAAGAACAAAUGCCUUCACUCACUUCACUUUCUGCGUGCCCUUCUCUUCUUCAUGGGCUCUCUCUACCACUUAUAAAAGAAACUGGAGACAACCUGUUGUUUCUGUGCUCGAACUUGGUGGAGUCAAGAUUGCUAGAGAUGAUGUGGUUAGGGAUGACCCUACAAACAAUGUUCCGGAUGCAAUUUUUUCAAAACUUGGACUGCAACUUCAUAGAAGGAAUCAACACCCAAUUGGGAUUUUGAAGAAUGCAAUAUAUGAGUAUUUUGAUACCAAUUUCUCGAGCAAGUUUGAUAAAUUUGAUGAUCUCUGUCCAAUUGUUUCUGUAAAACAGAAUUUUGAUGAUGUCUUGGUUCCUCCUAACCAUGUAAGUAGGAGUUAUAAUGACACAUACUAUGUUGACUCUCAAACUGUACUGAGGUGUCAUACCAGUGCACAUCAAGCUGAGCUAUUAAGGAAUGGUCACACUCAUUUCCUAGUAACUGGAGAUGUCUACCGCAGAGAUUCUAUUGAUUCAACUCAUUACCCUGUUUUCCACCAGAUGGAAGGGUUUCGUGUUUUCUCUCCUGAUGAGUGGGAGGCAUCUGGCUUGGAUGCCACAUCAUUUGCUGCUGAGGACUUAAAGAAAUGUCUUGAGGGUUUGGCAAGGCACUUAUUUGGUGCUGUGGAGAUGCGCUGGAUUGAUACUUAUUUCCCAUUCACGAAUCCUUCGUUUGAACUAGAGAUAUAUUUCAAGGAGAAGUGGUUGGAAGUCUUAGGUUGUGGUGUGACUGAGCAAGAAAUUUUAAAGACAAAUGGUAGACCUCAAAAUGUUGCUUGGGCUUUUGGGCUUGGAUUGGAGCGUCUGGCAAUGGUACUAUUUGACAUACCUGAUAUUCGGCUCUUCUGGUCAAAUGAUGAGCGCUUUACUUCUCAGUUUUCUAGUGGUCAAUUGGGUGUCAAAUUCAAGCCAUUCUCAAAGUAUCCUCCUUGUUAUAAAGACAUGAGUUUUUGGAUCAAUGAAUCAUUCACUGAAAACAAUUUAUGUGAAAUUGUCAGAGGAGUUGCUGGGGAUCUUGUUGAGGAGGUGAGCUUGAUAGAUAAUUUCACCAACAAGAAAGGAAUGACAAGCCAUUGUUAUAGGAUUGCUUAUCGUUCAAUGGAACGUUCAUUAACAGAUGAGGAAAUUAACAAUUUGCAGUGGAAUGUGAGAGAACAAGUGCAGAGCAAGCUAAACGUUGUUUUAAGAUGAAGAGUCUUUUUUAGUAAGUGCACAUACAACUUAGACACAGACCCAACUAUCCGAGUUCGGAUCUCUCCCCCUGAAUACUCAAAACCAAAAAAUAAUAAUAAUAAUAAUAUUAGACUUUCUUUUCCAACAAAUUGGACUCACAUUCUCAAAAUAUGUAAAUUUCUUUGCUGAUAUGGUUAGAGCUAUCAGCUUUUACUUUGUAGCAUUUCAAGUUGAUUCAAAACACCAUAUGGUUUUUGUUAUGAAUCCUCCACAAUUUUGUGUAAUAAAAAUAUACACGAUUGUUGUUUA